AACUUUGAAAAUUUGUUUAUGCUGUAAUUAGAAAAAUUAAUGAAAAAUGUGAAUGCAGUCUCUUAAAGAAUACGAUGACUGAUGUUUAAAGCAAAACUAAAAAUGAGUGAUCUAAAAAUAAGCAAAUUAACCUGAACAAUGUGUUGACUUUUUUAUCGUAGUUUCGACAAUCGUUCUAAUGUUUAAGAGACUUUAGAAGCGCCCAGUAAAUAUUUUUUAUCAUUUGGAUGACGCUAACAGAUUUCGAUAACGUUUCUUUGACGAAAGACGAAGCAUAAAUUAAAUGUUGGGCACCACCCAAAUACAAUUAUAAUAUUAAAAAAUGUUUCGAAGCCGAAGUUGGUUUGGAGGAGGGCUAUGGAAACCCAAAAAUCCUCAUUCUUUGGAACAUCUUAAGUAUUUAUACAAUGUGCUAUCAAAAAAUCAAACUGUAUCUGAAAAUAAUAGAGGUUUAUUGGUAGAAACCCUUCGUUCUAUAGCUGAAAUUUUAAUAUGGGGUGACCAAAAUGAUAGCAGUGUAUUUGACUUUUUUCUAGAGAAAAAUAUGCUUUCAUUUUUUCUACGUAUAAUGAAACAGAAAUGUGGAAGCUAUGUAUGUGUUCAGUUAUUACAAACACUAAACAUAUUAUUUGAAAAUAUACGUAAUGAAACAUCUUUAUAUUAUUUACUUAGUAACAAUCAUGUAAACAGUAUAAUAGUGCACAAAUUUGACUUCAGCGAUGAAGAAGUGAUGGCAUAUUAUAUCAGUUUCUUAAAAACUUUAAGUUUGAAACUGAAUGCACAUACCAUCCAUUUCUUUUAUAACGAGGUAAACGAGCACACCAAUGAUUUUCCCUUAUAUACAGAGGCAAUUAAAUUUUUUAAUCAUUCAGAGGGAAUGGUUCGUAUAGCGGUGCGAACGUUAACUUUAAAUGUAUAUCGGGUAGAGGAUGCCUCUAUGCUCGCAUUUAUACGAGAUCGCACUGCUGCACCCUAUUUCAGCAAUCUUGUAUGGUUUAUUGGUAAUCACAUUAUAGAGCUUGACACUUGUGUUAGAAAUGAUGCUGAUCAUCAAAGUCAAAACAGAUUAUCAGAUUUAGUAGCAGAACACUUGGAUCAUUUACAUUACUUAAAUGACAUUCUUUGUUUAAAUAUAUCUGAUUUAAAUAAAGUUUUAUCAGAACAUUUACUUCACAAACUAUUAGUUCCACUGUAUGUGUAUUCUCUCAUGAGACACAAGAAUCUUUUAUGUCAAAAUCAGGAAGAGAGAAAGCACGUGAGCACCGUAGUCGCCCUUUUUCUACUUUCUCAAGUAUUUUUAAUAAUUUCUCAUGGUCCUCUUGUACAUACAUUAGCAGCAGUAAUGCUAUUAUCAGACUUAGAAACAAUUAAAACAGGGGCAAGUAAAGUGCUCGAAAUGUAUGGUGAUAUUUCAUCGGAUAAACCAAUUGCUUUUUCACCGCCAAAAGAAAGUUUAGAAAAAUCUCUGGAAAAUUUAAGCGAAUCCUUAACUGCGUCAGAUGAUCUUUGCGAAGAAGAAGAAGAAGCUAAUUUAGAACAAAGAAAAGAUAGCACUGAAAAUGAGGGCGAAGAAGUAUUAGAUACAAAUCAUCCAAGCACAUCGUUUGAUACCGCUUCAUCUGGCGAUAUAUCUGUACUUAUGAGUCCCGAGCAACUGAAUAACCCCGAAGAUUUAGAAGAAAUGAAUCAUCUGAAUGUUACUGACGAAGAGAAGGAACAGAGAUUAGCAUUAGAAAGUCCUAUAACGCCUUCCAUACAAAAAAGUGUAACCGAAUCGUUGUCGAAUAAGCCAUUCUUAGAAACGAUCUUAAAUUCCUUAUUUUGCACGGAAAACGAUUAUGCUGCAUUAUUUGCCUUAUGUUUACUUUAUGCUCUAGUUAACAAUCAGGGCAUAGAUCGUAAAACGUUGGAACCAAUUUUAUGUCAUUCAAGAAAUUCCGCAAGAAAUCUAUAUAAUGAAACUUUAAUAGAUAGACUGAUUCAUAUUAUAACGUUAAGUUGCCAAACAAAUUCUAAAGUGAGGCUCGUUACAUUGGAAUUGACAAUUAAAUUGUUAAUACAACUAGUAAUGUCAGAAGGGCAAAAUGCAUUGAGGGAUUCGCAUUUGACGGCAAUUGAUGCAGCUAAAGAACAAAGCACAUCGUUAUUAAAAAAUUUUUACAAAAGUGAAGACAUAUUCUUAGAUAUGUUUGAGGAUGAAUAUAGCGAAAUUCAGAAGCGGCCUCUAAAUGUUGAAUGGUUAAUGAUGGACAGUAACAUUUUAUUACCACCAACAGGUACUCCAAUGACGGGUAUCGAAUUUACUAAGAGAUUACCGUGUGGAGAAACAAUAAAAUUAAUGCUUGCGCAGGUUGAAAGAGCAAGACGCGCUAUAAGAGUAUUUUUUUUGAUAAGAGAACUGUCAUUGACUUUAAGCUUGGAAACGGAAACACAGCUGCCAUUGACAAAUCCAGCCAACUGUGUUCAAGUCGAUAAUGUUCUUGAUUUAAGUAAAAAUAAUAGCGAUUUAAUCGCAUGUACGGUUAUAUGGAAAGAUGGUCAGAAGAUUCGCCGCUUUCUAGUCAUCGACGUUGUGCAGCUGAUUCUUGUCGAACCUGAUACCAGCAAACUCGGUUGGGGAGUAGCAAAAUUAGUAGGAUUUUUGCAGGACAUUGAAGUAGCUGGCGACAAGGAUGAUUCCAGAUGUUUACACUUAACAAUUUACAAACCGCUUAGCAGUACUACCGGGAAUCGUGUUCCGUUGUUAUCAACAAAAUUCAUUUUCGAUGACCAUAUCAGAUGUUUAGCCGCCAAACAAAGGUUAACGAAGGGAAGAAUAAAAGCACGUCAAAAGAAAAUGAAUCAGAUAGCAAGAUUACUAGACAUUCCCACAAGUAUACCUCACUCUGCAACACCACCCAAUUAUGCACUACGUAGUCUUCGACAUGAACGAUUAGGACGCGGACAGAGACAAAAAGAUCAACCUCGCCCAAUGUUUACCGUCAACAAAGUUCCUGGAUUCGCAGCACAAAUGCGUAGAGAAAAUACUACUAGGGCUACUUCUAGUAUUGCGACGUCAACUCCAAAACGUGGUGAUAAUUCGAAUGAAAAGAGUCAUGAAAACGGAUUGCGUUCCCGAGACAGUUCUCCUAAAAUGCCGAGGCCUCGAAGCGAGGAAAUACCUUUGGAAGACAUGCGUCUUCGAAAAGCCUCAUUGACGACAAAUGGAUUGAGCAUAUCACACAUGUGUCAAGAAAAGAAAGAUGGUCAAAUUUCUGCUUGUUCAACUAACGGUGAACCAUCGACUGUGAUUAGAAAACAUUCUGAAGAAACGUCGUUCACUUGUCCACAAGAAUUGAAACCACGUAGAAAAGGACAAGUGGAAACAGUAUGAUCAUAAAAAUGAAUUUCUGAGAAAAAAGAAGUAGAGUAAAUUCAACAUCUUUUUAGAUAAUUUAGAGAAAAAAUGAGAAUGUAUGUGUAAUUUUUAGUUAAUGUAAAACAUUUUUAAUUGAUGUAACAACAUACUUUACUAUAAGGCACUUUCUAAACAAUAACUUGGGAUAUUAUAUGUUUUGCAAUAUUUUAUUUUAAUAGAGGGACAUAUUUUAAAAAUAAAUUUUGUAAAAAAAAAAACAAGCUAUUGUAUAUCCAGUAAAAGGUUAGGUAUAAGAUGAAACUAAUUUUUUUCAGUUCUUUUAUGCUAUGUAACAUAUAAGUAUUUUGUACAUACAUUUUAUCUAGAUACAUAUAUCGGAAGUUUGUUUGUUCUAUUUAAAUGUUACAAACAACCUCUCAUUAGAUAUGAUAUACUUUACAAUUAUGCAACAAAAUCUUGUAUUUAAUUUCUGUAUAUACUGUUGGCAAUUUCUAUAACAUGAAAUAAAUACCAAUAAUACAA